AUGACCGCGCAAAUUACCACCAUCUCGGAGAGUAAGGAGGUUCGGGGCCUGAAUCUCAUCGCAGCCCAUUCUCACAUCCGAGGACUUGGAGUUGACCAAGCCACACUUGAGCCUCGCCCCUCCGGGCAAGGUCUCGUUGGGCAAGAGAAAGCUCGCAAAGCGGCGGCUGUCAUAUUACAAAUGGUUAAAGAUGGGAAGAUCGCAGGAAGAGCAGUUCUCGUGGCAGGACCCCCAAGUACCGGCAAAACAGCUAUUGCUAUGGGAAUGGCGCAGUCGCUUGGACCUGAUGUUCCUUUCACUAUGCUUGCCUCCUCCGAGAUCUUUUCACUUGAAAUGUCCAAGACUGAAGCUCUUACACAAGCAUUCCGAAAAUCAAUCGGGGUCAGGAUAAAGGAGGAGAGUGAGAUUAUUGAGGGAGAGGUCGUCGAGAUUCAGAUAGACCGAAGUGUGACAGGGGGCACCAAGCAAGGCAAGCUCACGAUCAAGACCACUGAUAUGGAGACAAUCUACGACAUGGGCACGAAAAUGAUUGACUCGAUGACGAAGGAACGAGUAAUGGCUGGUGACAUAAUAUCGAUAGAUAAAGCAUCGGGUAAAAUAUCGAAACUGGGGCGGUCUUUUGCCAAAUCUCGAGACUACGACGCAAUGGGUGGGGACACCAAAUUCGUACAAUGUCCUGAUGGUGAGCUGCAAGUCCGAAGAGAGGUGGUACAUACAGUCAGUCUCCAUGAGAUCGACGUCAUCAAUUCAAGAACACAGGGCUUUUUGGCUUUGUUCUCGGGAGACACCGGUGAAAUUCGAAGCGAAGUUCGCGACCAGAUCAACACAAAAGUGGGGGAAUGGAAAGAAGAAGGCAAAGCAGAUAUCAUUCCAGGGGUCCUAUUCAUCGACGAAGUACACAUGCUCGAUAUUGAAUGCUUUUCCUACAUCAACAGAGCUCUCGAGGCGGAUCUAGCGCCAAUUGUGAUUAUGGCAAGCAAUCGAGGCAACACGAGGAUACGCGGAACGACUUAUCGAUCACCACAUGGUCUGCCAUUGGAUUUUCUAGACCGUGUUGUGAUCGUCAGCACUCAACCUUACUCACCCGAGGAGAUUUCCCAGAUCAUUGCGAUCAGAGCCCAGGAGGAAGAGGUAGAUCUGACCCCAGAUGCUCUGGCAUUACUUACGAAGAUUGGACAAGAAGCUGGAUUACGCUACGCUAGCAACAUCAUCACCACCUCGACGUUGCUGAGUCAAAAGCGAAAGUCGAAGGACGUUGGCAUCGAGGAUGUGCAACGUAGUUAUAAGCUUUUCUACGAUCCCUCAAGAAGUAUCAAAUUUGUCAGCGAGUUUGAGAAGAACUUUAUUGGGGAGGAAGGCAAGGUCAAUCUUGCCUACACCAAUGGCGACGCAAUGGAGAUCUCGUAA